AUGGAGAAGAGAUCAGGAGAAGAAGAAGAAGGUGGUGUUGAGAAAAACAGUAAGAAAGAUAAGAUUUUUCGAGCGGAUAAAAUCGAUUUGAAGAGUUUAGAUAAACAGCUUGAGAAACAUUUGAGUAGGGUUUGGUCAAGGAAUCUUGAGGUUAAUCAUAAAGUUAAUAAAGAAGAAUGGGAGAUUGAUUUGGCUAAGUUGGAAACAAGCAAUGUUAUAGCUCGUGGUACUUAUGGUAUUGUCUAUCAAGGCAGCUAUGAUGGUCAAGCAGUUGCAGUGAAGGUGCUUGAUUGGGAAGAUAAUGGGAAUGUAACAGCGGCCAAGACCGCUACAAAUCGGACUUUAUUCCGUCAAGAAGUCACUGUUUGGCACAAACUCGACCACCCAAAUGUCACAAAGUUUGUUGGAGCUUCAAUGGGAACAAUGAAUCUGAAAAUACCAUCGGCUAAUUUAGAAAACUCGUUAGCUUGUUGUAUGGUAGUGGAAUAUCUUCCUGGUGGAACAUUGAAACAGUACUUGAUCGACAAUAGGUGUAAGAAACUCCCUUUUAAAAUCGUUAUCAAGCUCGCUCUUGAUCUCUCUCGAGGGCUAAGCUAUUUGCAUUCAGAGAAGAUUGUGCAUCGCGAUGUGAAAACAGAGAAUAUGCUUUUGGAUGUUCAAAGGAAUUUGAAGAUAGCGGAUUUCGGAGUAGCGAGAGUAGAAGCUCUUAAUCCAAAGGAUAUGACUGGAGAAACCGGUACUCUUGGAUAUAUGGCUCCUGAGGUUAUCGACGGUAAGCCAUACAACAGAAGGUGCGAUGUAUACAGCUUUGGUAUAUGUCUAUGGGAAAUCUACUGCUGCGAAAUGCCUUAUCCUGAUCUUAGCUUUGUCGAUGUUUCUUCUGCGGUUGUCUUACAUAAUCUGAGACCGGAGAUACCGAGAUGCUGCCCGACCGCAUUUGCGAACAUAAUGAAGAAAUGUUGGGAUGCAAAUCCGCAGAGACGACCAGAGAUGGCAGAAGUUGUGAAAAUGCUUGAAGGAGUUGAUACCUCUAAAGGUGGCGGAAUGAUACCGGAAGAUCAGAGUCCCCGCGGCUGUUUCUGUUUUGCUCCGGCUCGUGGCCCUUGA